AUGGUGACCAAGAGGGCAGGAAAGAAACGUCAGAUCGGGUCCGCCUCUGCCGCGCGGAGUGGCCACGGUCACGGCAGAACAGCGUGCGGCUGCUUGAACGGUGGGCGGUGCCGCGGCGGCGGCCGGCGUCCGUGCAAGUGCUCGCCGGGAUACACGGGCCGGCGCUGCGAGCAGCCCGUCUGCCGGCCGGCGUGCCUGCACGGGGGACUCUGCCACAGCCCAGGCUUCUGCCGCUGUCCCAGGGGUUUCCGUGGCGACCGCUGCCAGCACGCUUGGUGUCCCGCGGGUUGCGGGCCCGGCCGGUGCGUGCCGCCCGGCCGCUGCGAGUGCCCCCCGGGCAGGGCCGGGCCUCGCUGCUGGGACCUCCAGUGCGGCACCGGCGCCGACAGCGUCGUCUGCCGGAACGGCGGCCACUGCGGACCCGACGGCUCCUGCGUCUGUGCCGACGGCUGGACCGGACGCGGCUGCGCCACGCCGGUGUGUGAGCCGGCCUGCCAGCACGGAGGGACGUGCAUCAAGCCACGCACCUGCCACUGCCCGCCAGCCACCAGCGGCGACCACUGUCAACACUUCUGGUGCCGCGACGCGUGCCUGAACGGCGGCCAGUGCGUGGGGCCGGACCAGUGCGAGUGUCCGCACAACAGCAGCGGCCCCACCUGCGGCACGCCCGUGUGCGACCCGCCCUGCGAGAACGGCGCCACCUGCCAGCCCGGAAACACCUGCCUCUGCGACGCCGUCUUCACCGGCACGCGCUGCGAGAAGAGGAAGUGCGAGUUCCGGCCGCUGCAGGAGCCGUACACCCGGGGCUUCCGGCGCCUGGUGGCGGGCGCCGCCCCUGCAGACACCGCAGCCGGCGCCACCGCCUCGUGCGACCCGGCGCGCCACGGCGCCGACUGCCAGCAGCCCCAACCGCAAGCGCGCUACCAGACGCUGUACAAGACCUUCUACCGCACCGUCUACCGCUGCGCAGACGAGGGGCGCCAGUAA